UCUUACAGGUUUUCAGUUAACGUACAUAACUAGUUAGUUCUUACGAUUAGCUAGCUCGCUGGCUGGUUUGUGCCUUGUUUAGUCAUGACUGAAUAAGGUUAGUUAGCUAGCCGCGCUGGGGUAGUAAUAGCAGUUAGCUAACUACCUGAUGUUUUGGAAAUCAAGAUAGGAAGUUCGGGUGACUGAAGGCUACAAGGCCGCUUCAAGCAGGUGCAUCCAGAAGUUUGUCUUCAGAACACAAAAGUAGACAGUAAGGAGGAGAGAGGGAGGGGGGAGGCUAUGCCACCCGUGUCUGAAACGGAGGUGAACGUGAAGGAUGGCGCAGCAGAAGGGGGGCUGUCCCAGGCAGACUGCAUCUGCCCCGUGUGCUUGGAGAUCUUCCUGGAGCCAGUGACCUUGCCCUGCAGCCACACCUUCUGUAAGCCCUGCUUCCUGGAGACGGUGGACAAGGCCAACAUCUGCUGCCCGCUGUGCCGCAGGCGGGUGUCCACUUGGGCACGGCUGCACGGCCGCAACAAGACGCUGGUCAACGUGGAGUUGUGGCGCCGCCUUCAGGAGGCCUUCCCCGUGCAGUGCCAACGCAGGCUCACCGGGCAGGAUGUAGAGGACACAGCCACAGCAGUCCCCCGUCCAAAGGUGUCCCAGCCAGGAGAACUACGCAGGGAGUAUGAGGACCAGAUCAGCAAGCUGGCGGAGGAGAAGCGCGCGCUGGAGGAAGCUGAGCGCAGGGCGAGUGAGGAGUACAUCCAGAGGCUCCUGGCGGAGGAGGAGGAGCGUCUGGCAGAGGAGCGCAGGGUGGUGGAGGAGAGGCAGCUGGAGGAGGACGAGAGGCUGGCUAGGAUGCUCAGCGACGAGCUGAAUUCAAAUCCAGUAUCAGAAUCACAGAUAAAAUCACCAGUAGACAGUGCUUCUACAAAGAAGAAGAAAAGCACUGCUGGAGACAUUGAGAGGUUCUUGUUCCCUGUUCCUAUGAGAUCUCCCAGCAGCACAGAGACCAGCCCCAGUUCCAGCCUCACAGCCAACAAGGAGAAUAUCUUGAUGCCAUCAUCAUCAAGGGAAAUGGGGGUGGAUCUGGAACCACCAAUGCCCAUGAUUGACUUCUACGGCGAUGAGCUGAGCCCCAGGCCUCACCUGAAUGAGACGGAGCCCUGCCCGCUUAAUGGCUCCUGCACUGGGGCGAAGCAGGACCUGGAUGGGUGGACUCCCAGCAGCAAUCAGGCGGGAGGAGGGGCCGGCAGCAAGAGGAAAAGCGGGGAUAUGGAUCCAGGCAUUGGGGACGGCCUAGUCAGUAAGCGCCCCUGCACCCCAAGCAACACCCCGGUCGACACCCAGGCGGGUACCCCUCUGUUUAGGGAGCUGGUGCAGGAGGAGGAAGACCGGUUAAGCCGGUGGCAGCAGGAGGAGAGUGACAGGCAGCUGGCCCUCAGACUGCAGAGGCAGCUGGACCGAGAGGAGGCCCAGCGGGCCGUGGACCGCCGGAAGGGCUCCCCAGAUCAGUACGAGCUCCGUGAGAAGCCGUGCUCCACCCCUAGCCCCGCCCCCACUGCCACCUCGGACAGAAGCACUGCAGGCAGGGUCAGCAGAGAUCGCUCCAGCGCUGCCCUGUCACUAAAGGAGGAGAAGAGCACGGUGAGGCGACAGUCUUCCAGAACUCCAAAAGAGAAGCAGGCCCCCCACAGGAGCUCUGGAGGCUCCACCCCUAAGCGUUCAGGCACCACCAGGUCUUCCCACCUCAGCGGCACCAGCACCCUGCCCAAGGGCAGCAAACAGACCACCCUCACAGAUAUGUUCUCCAGCCUGGCAAGAUGAGAGUCCUGCCCUGCCCUGCCCAGUUCUCAGCUCAGGGCCUCCGAGGAAGAAUGUUCUACCAGCCCUGUCCCUAUGUGUUCCCUGCCUUGCCCAGCCUCUGCAGUUUUCAGAUGUGCCUUCUGUAAAGACAUUUAAAGCAAUGGUGUGAGUGGGAGAUGAA